AUGGCCAUGCAUGAAGAAUACGAGACUAAUAAGACAAUUCUAGAACAAAGCAAAGCAAACAAACAGGGCAUCAAGGACCCCAAGAACAAAGGGAUUGAAGCUCCUUUGUUGCACAAAAGUGAAGCAGCCGUUGUAGGGUAUGAAAAGGCGUUGGGCUUGAAGUCAAUUGCUGAGGAUUUGAGACAAGCCAACCAAAUGAUCAAGGAGCUGGACCAGUCUGUCCAUUCUUAUAUCGGUCUUGGAUCUAUAGCAUCAUUAACAGUAUUCUACCUUGUCAGGUUAUGA